AUGCCACAACCUCCAGAUAUGGGCGCAUUGCGCUUGGACGACGUAGACGAACAGUACGACGGAAUUCCCUACGAGGACGAAGAUAUUGACUACGAUAUGGACAUCGAUCUGGGCCCGACACCUUCCAAACCCAGCGCGCCUCGACCAGAAACAUCCGAGUCGCGUGAAGCUGCUUUGCGUAAAGAGUUGGACAGUGUGCGACAAAUCAACAAAGUCAUCGAGGACGUCGUUCAGAGUCUAGAGAAAGCAAAGGGCAACAUGGAUAACGUCAAUCGUACUGUGCACUCGGCCUCGACCCUUCUCGACACUUGGACGCGCAUUCUCUCUCAGACCGAACACAACCAACGCCUGCUCCUGAACCCGAACUGGCAAGGCGCGACUCAAGACUUGCAAGAUAUCGAGAACGAAUCGUAUAUGCGUCAACAACAGGCUGAGAGACGUGCUGCCGAGGAACAAGCUAGGAGAGAGGCUGCUCAGAGGCGUGCUGANGGAAGAAGAAAGAAAAAGACUGCUCCGCCACCUGCAGUGCGCGGCUCGAAACUCAGGGGUAGAGUUGGUACAGCAUCCAGUCGCUUGACCAGACAACCCUCCUCAGCCUCGGCUACUUCUACAUCAACAUCGGGAUAUGUAGGUGUUGGCGGCCAAGGUGGUCGAGGAAGAGGCAUCUCGAGAGCCGGCAGCGGCAUAGGCAGAGGUACUGUCAGAGGCUCUACUCGAGGUCGUGCUCUCCAGUGA